AUGCCGAAGCGCGCCAAAAAGGAGGCGCCGGCGGGAGAGGAGGGAGGCCCCGGUGGCGGGAAGCGCAGCCGGGACGCGUCGGUGCCGUUGCCCCCGGAGACGCCGGUGCGGGAGGUGGCCCCGAGCGGGAAGCGCGUGGGGAUGCGCUUGGUGACCUGGAACGUGGCCGGGCUGCGGGGGUGGCUGCGGAAAGGGGGGCUGCAGUGGGUGCAGGAGCAGGCCCCGGAUGUGCUGUGCCUGCAGGAGACCAAGUGUGGGGCGGGGUCGGUGCCCCCCGAGGUGCGGGAGCUGCGGGCUCUGCCCCACCAGUACUGGGCCAGUCCCGAGGGGCGCCCCGGGUACAGCGGAGUGGGGCUGCUCUGCAGGGAGGAGCCAAUGAGGGUCACCUAUGGGAUCGACGACCCCGAACACGACCCCACCGCCCGCGUCAUCACCGCCGAGUUCCCUUCCCUCUUCGUGGUCUGCGCCUAUGUCCCCAACGCUGGGCGGGGCCUGACCCGCCUGGAGCCCCGCCUCCGCUUCGACGCCUCCUUCCGCUCCUUCCUGUCCCGCCUCGACGCCCUCAAACCCGUCGCCAUUGGUGGAGACCUCAACGUCGCCCACACCGACCUCGACCUCCGGCACCCCUCGACCAAUCGGCGCUCGCCGGGGUUCACCAAUGAGGAGAGGAGCGGGCUCAGCGCCCUAUUGGACGCCGGGUUCGUCGAUGCCUUCCGGGUGUUGAACCCGGGCCUGCCCCACGCGUACACGUUCUGGACCUACUUAGGGGGCGCUCGGGAGCGCAAUGUGGGGUGGAGGUUGGAUUAUUUCCUGCUCUCGCGGAGGUUGGGGGAGGAGCUUUGCGAUUGUAAGCUCAGGCCUAAGGUGAUGGGGAGCGACCAUUGUCCUGUGGAGCUGUAUUUGGCGGUGUGA